UCUUCCCCCCUUACCUAUUUCCAACCAACCCAAGUAGGCAUCUCCACAAACUUGGCAGGUCCCACUCUGUGCUUCCAUGGAGAAGGGCGGCCAAUGUGAUUCUGGGCAAAGUGUGGUGACUUGUGGAUUUUCACUGAGCUGACAAUUUACUGGUUCAUCAAUGAAACGAUAUUAAAUUAUGAAGAUGUAAGGAAAAAAUCCUACGCUAACACUGUCGCAGUUUGAAAGCUUUAAAAAAUUGAAGUCUAUUGGAAACCUUCUUAUAAGAAACCUUCCUAGUCAGAGAAUUCAACUUUCUUCUUUUCUUCAUUCAUGAAAAUGCAGAUCCACUGAGAAAGCGAAUAAGGCUUCUCUGCAGAAUGUCAAACAAAGAUCGACACAUUGAUUCCAGCUGUUCGUCCUUCAUCAAGACGGAACCUUCCAGCCCGGCCUCCCUGACGGACAGCGUCAACCACCACAGCCCCGGUGGCUCGUCAGACGCCAGUGGGAGCUACAGUUCAACCAUGAAUGGCCAUCAGAACGGACUUGACUCGCCACCUCUCUACCCUUCUGCUCCUAUCCUGGGAGGUAGUGGGCCUGUCAGGAAACUGUAUGAUGACUGCUCCAGCACCAUUGUUGAAGAUCCCCAGACCAAGUGUGAAUACAUGCUCAACUCGAUGCCCAAGAGACUGUGUUUAGUGUGUGGUGACAUCGCUUCUGGGUACCACUAUGGGGUAGCGUCAUGUGAAGCCUGCAAGGCAUUCUUCAAGAGGACAAUUCAAGGCAAUAUAGAAUACAGCUGCCCUGCCACGAAUGAAUGUGAAAUCACAAAGCGCAGACGUAAAUCCUGCCAGGCUUGCCGCUUCAUGAAGUGUUUAAAAGUGGGCAUGCUGAAAGAAGGGGUGCGUCUUGACAGAGUACGUGGAGGUCGGCAGAAGUACAAGCGCAGAAUAGAUGCGGAGAACAGCCCAUACCUGAACCCUCAGCUGGUUCAGCCAGCCAAAAAGCCAUUGCUCUGGUCUGAUCCUGCAGAUAACAAGAUUGUCUCACAUUUGUUGGUGGCUGAACCGGAGAAGAUCUAUGCCAUGCCUGACCCUACCGUCCCCGACAGUGACAUCAAAGCCCUCACUACACUGUGUGACUUGGCCGACAGAGAGUUGGUGGUUAUCAUUGGAUGGGCGAAGCAUAUUCCAGGCUUCUCCACGCUGUCCCUGGCGGACCAGAUGAGCCUUCUGCAGAGUGCUUGGAUGGAAAUUUUGAUCCUUGGUGUCGUAUACCGGUCUCUUUCGUUUGAGGAUGAACUUGUCUAUGCAGACGAUUAUAUAAUGGACGAAGACCAGUCCAAAUUAGCAGGCCUUCUUGAUCUAAAUAAUGCUAUCCUGCAGCUGGUAAAGAAAUACAAGAGCAUGAAGCUGGAAAAAGAAGAAUUUGUCACCCUCAAAGCUAUAGCUCUUGCUAAUUCAGACUCCAUGCACAUAGAAGAUGUUGAAGCCGUUCAGAAGCUUCAGGAUGUCUUACAUGAGGCGCUGCAGGAUUAUGAAGCUGGCCAGCACAUGGAAGAUCCUCGUCGAGCUGGCAAGAUGCUGAUGACACUGCCACUCCUGAGGCAGACCUCUACCAAGGCCGUGCAGCAUUUCUACAACAUCAAACUAGAAGGCAAAGUCCCCAUGCACAAACUUUUUUUGGAAAUGUUGGAGGCCAAGGUCUGACUAAAAGCUCCCUGGGCCUCCCCAUCCUUCAUGUUGAAAAAGGGAAAAUAAACCCAAGAGUGAUGUCGAAGAAACUUAGAGUUUAGUUAACAACAUCAAAAAUCAACAGACUGCACUGAUAAUUUAGCAGCAAGACUAUGAAGCAGCUUUCAGAUUCCUCCAUAGGUUCCUGAUGAGUUCUUUCUACUUUCUCCAUCAUCUUCUUUCCUCUUUCUUCCCACAUUUCUCUUCCUCUUUAUUUUUUCUCCUUUUCUUCUUUCACCUCCCUUAUUUCUUUGCUUCUUUCAUUCCUAGUUCCCAUUCUCCUUUAUUUUCUUCCCAUCUGCCUGCCUACCUUCUUUCUUUUCUUUGCCUACUCUCGUUCCUCUCUUUUCUCAUCCUCCCCCUUUUUUCUAAAUUUGAAAUAGCUUUAGUUGUAAAAAAAAAAAAAAAAUCCUCCCUUCCCCCUUUCCUUUCUCUUUCUUUCCUUUUUCCCUUUCCUUUUUCCUUUCCUCUUGACCUUCUUUCCAUCUUUCUUUUUCUUCCUUCUGCUGCUGAACUUUUAAAAGAGGUCUCUAACUGAAGAGAGAUGGAAGCCAGCCCUGCCAAAGGAUGGAGAUCCAUAAUAUGGAUGCCAGUGAACUUGUUGUGAACCAUACCGUCCCCAAUGACUAAGGAAUCAAAGAGAGAGAACCAACGUUCCUAAAAGUACAGUGCAACAUACACGAAUUGACUGAGUGCAGUAUUAGAUUUCAUGGGAGCAGCCUCUAAUUAGACAACUUAAGCAACGUUGCAUCGGCUGCUUCUUAUCAUUGCUUUUCCAUCUAGAUCAGUUACAGCCAUUUGAUUCCUUAAUUGUUUUUUCAAGUCUUCCAGGUAUUUGUUAGUUUAGCUACUAUGUAACUUUUUCAGGGAAUAGUUUAAGCUUUAUUCAUUCAUGCAAUACUAAAGAGAAAUAAGAAUACUGCAAUUUUGUGCUGGCUUUGAACAAUUACGAACAAUAAUGAAGGACAAAUGAAUCCUGAAGGAAGAUUUUUAAAAAUGUUUUGUUUCUUCUUACAAAUGGAGAUUUUUUUGUACCAGCUUUACCACUUUUCAGCCAUUUAUUAAUAUGGGAAUUUAACUUACUCAAGCAAUAGUUGAAGGGAAGGUGCAUAUUAUCACGGAUGCAAUUUAUGUUGUGUGCCAGUCUGGUCCCAAACAUCAAUUUCUUAACAUGAGCUCCAGUUUACCUAAAUGUUCACUGACACAAAGGAUUAGAUUACACCUACAGUGACUCUGAGUAGUCACAUAUAUAAGCACUGCACAUGAGAUAUAGAUCCGUAGAAUUAUCAGGAGUGCACCUCUCUACUUGGGAGGUACAAUUGCCAUAUGAUUUCUAGCUGCCACGGUGGUUAGGAAUGUGAUACUGCCUGUUUGCAAAGUUACAGACCCUGUCUCAGAAGGAGCUGUGAGCCAGUAUUCAUUUAAGAGGCAAUAAGGCUAAUGCCAGAAUUAAAAAAAAAAUCAUCAAAGACAGAAAACGCCUGACCAAAUUCUAAAACCCAAUCCAUAUAAGUUUAUUCAUUUAGGAAUGUUCGUUUAAAUUAAUCUGCAGUUUUUACCAAGAGCUAAGCCAGUAGGUGUGCUUUUCAACCAGUAUUGUCACAGCAUGAAAGUCAGUCAGGUUCCAGACUGUUAAGAGGUGUAAUCUAAUGAAGAAAUCAAUUAGAUGCCCCGAAAUCUACAGUCGCUGAAUAACCAAUAAACAGUAACCUCCAUCAAAUGCUAUACCAAUGGACCAGUGUUAGUAGCUGCUCCCUGUACUAUGUGAACAGUCUUAUUCUAUGUACACAGAUGUAAUUAAAAUUGUAAUCCUAACAAACAAAAGAAAUGUAGUUCAGCUUUUCAAUGUUUCAUGUUUGCUGUGCUUUUCUGAAUUUUAUGUUGCAUUCAAAGACUGUUGUCUUGUUCUUGUGGUGUUUGGAUUCUUGUGGUGUGUGCUUUUAGACACAGGGUAGAAUUAGAGACAAUAUUGGAUGUACAAUUCCUCAGGAGACUACAGUAGUAUAUUCUAUUCCUUACCAGUAAUAAGGUUCUUCCUAAUAAUAAUUAAGAGAUUGAAACUCCAAACAAGUAUUCAUUAUGAACAGAUACACAUCAAAAUCAUAAUAAUAUUUUCAAAACAAGGAAUAAUUUCUCUAAUGGUUUAUUAUAGAAUACCAAUGUAUAGCUUAGAAAUAAAACUUUGAAUAUUUCAAGAAUAUAGAUAAGUCUAAUUUUUAAAUGCUGUAUAUAUGGCUUUCACUCAGUCAUCUCUCAGAUGUUGUUAUUAACUCGCUCUGUGUUGUUGCAAAACUUUUUGGUGCAGAUUCGUUUCCAAAACUAUUGCUACUUUGUGUGCUUUAAACAAAAUACCUUGGGUUGAUGAAACAUCAACCCAGUGCUAGGAAUACUGUGUAUCUAUCAUUAGCUAUAUGGGACUAUAUUGUAGAUUGUGGUUUCUCAGUAGAGAAGUGACUGUAGUGUGAUUCUAGAUAAAUCAUCAUUAGCAAUUCAUUCAGAUGGUCAAUAACUUGAAAUUUAUAGCUGUGAUAGGAGUUCAGAAAUUGGCACAUCCCUUUAAAAAUAACAGAAAAUACAACUCCUGGGAAAAAAGGUGCUGAUUCUAUAAGAUUAUUUAUACAUGUAAGUGUUUAAAAAGAUUAUUUUCCAGAAAGUUUGUGCAGGGUUUAAGUUGCUACUAUUCAACUACACUAUAUAUAAAUAAAAUAUAUACAAUAUCUACAUUGUUUUCACUGUAUCACAUUAAAGUACUUGGGCUUCAGAAGCAAGAGCCAACCAACUGAAAACCUGAGAUGGAGAUAUGUUCAAAGAAUGAGAUACAAUUUUUUAGUUUUCAGUUUAAGUAACUCUCAGCAUUACAAAAGAGUAAGUAUCUCACAAAUAGGAAAUAAAACUAAAACGUAGAUUUAAAAAGAACUGCACGGGCUUUAGGGUAAAUGCUCAUCUUAAACCUCACUAGAGGGAAGUCUUUUCAAGUUUCAAGCAAGACCAUUUACUUAAUGUGAAGUUUUGGAAAGUUAUAAAGGUGUAUGUUUUAGCCAUAUGAUUUAAAUUUUAAUUUUGCUUCUUUUAGGUUCGUUCUUAUUUAAAGCAAUAUGAUUGUGUGACUCCUUGUAGUUACACUUGUGUUUCAAUCAGAUCAGAUUGUUGUAUUUAUUCCACUAUUUUGCAUUUAAAUGAUAACAUAAAAGAUAUAAAAAAUUUAAAACUGCUAUUUUUCUUAUAGAAGAGAAAAUGGGUGUUGGUGAUUGUAUUUUAAUUAUUUAAGCGUCUCUGUUUACCUGCCUAGGAAAACAUUUUAUGGCAGUCCUAUGUGCAAAGAUCGUAAAAGGACAAAAAAUUUAAACUGCUUAUAAUAAUCCAGGAGUUGCAUUAUAGCCAGUAGUAAAAAUAAUAAUAAUAAUAAUAAAACCAUGUCUAUAGCUGUAGAUGGGCUUCACAUCUGUAAAGCAAUCAAUUGUAUAUUUUUGUGAUGUGUACCAUACUGUGUGCUCCAGCAAAUGUCCAUUUGUGUAAAUGUAUUUAUUUUAUAUUGUAUAUAUUGUUAAAUGCAAAAAGGAGAUAUGAUUCUGUAACUCCAAUCAGUUCAGAUGUGUAACUCAAAUUAUUAUGCCUUUCAGGAUGAUGGUAGAGCAAUAUUAAACAAGCUUCCACUUUUGACUGC